AUGUCGAUCGUGGUGCUGGAUGGCGUCGUGGACAACGAUCUGCGGCAGCUGAUUCUGAGCAAGUUCGACCCGCUCGCCCCGGGUGCCGGGACAGCUCUGCCAGAGGUUUUCGUUCCGAAAGAGCUGGAGCAGUGGCUACAGUCAGUGCUUCGCUGCUGCGCUGCAGGCCAAGAUCCCUCCCCACUGAUGCCAGGCGCGUCGGACGGACGAUCAGAGUUGGUUCCGAUGCCUGGUCGGGUGGCGGUGGGAAGCUCUCCCAUGCACCAGGAUACGGGCUUCGAUGCGAUGGGGAGGCCCGAUCCAACACGUGUCGAGGGCCUGGUGGCCGUUCUGUAUCUCGCGGGCUCUGGCACCUUGGUGAUUGACACAGGUUCCCAACGUCAAUCUGUCGAAGUGAGGCCAUGCCGCCUUGUGGUGUGGCCGAACGACCAGUGCAUCCAUCGCCUGGAUGCCUCCCCGGAAAAGGAGAGCCGCAUCAUGCUCGGACCUAUGACACUCAGCUCCGCUGGUUGGAAGCGCGCAGGUGAUCAGUAUGACCCAGCAAAGCGGGCAAGUGACCCGAACGGAUCCGUGGUGCGGUUUGGAAGCAUGCACGGUGAGCUGAUAUGCCUAAGGGCCAUGUCGAUCGUGGUGCUGGAUGGCGUCGUGGACAAUGAUCUGCGGCAGCUAAUUCUGAGCAAGUUCGACCCGCUCGCCCCGGGUGCCCGGACAGCCUUGCCAGAAGUCCUUGUUCCGAGACUGGGCGCGUCGGACGGACGAUCAGAGUUGGUUCCGAUGCCUGGUCGGGUGGCGGUGGGAAGCUCUCCUAUGCACCAGGAUACGGGCUUCGAUGCGAUGGGGAGGCCCGAUCCAACACGUGUCGAGGGCCUGGUGGCCGUUCUUUAUCUCGCGGGCUCUGGCACCUUGGUGAUUGACACGGGUUCCCAACGUCAUUCUGUCGAAGUGAAGCCAUGCCGCCUUGUGGUGUGGCCGAACGACCAGUGCAUCCAUCGCCUGGAUGCCUCCCCGGAAAAGGAGAGCCGCAUCAUGCUCGGACCUAUGACACUCAGCUCCACUGGUUGGAAGCGCGCAGGUGAUCAGUACUCGUAUGUGGGGGGCCAGCACAGGGGCCAGCAAAACGCAGAGGUCGAAAAGGAAGUGGCCCCAACACGUUCGUGCUGUUGUUGCACUGUCAGCUGA